GCUCGCUCACCAGACCAGUCAGUCACCGCGAUAGCAACUUGAUCGAUGUGACAAUUUGUUGAAUUUGUAAUAUUCAAAAAAAAAAACGAUCUCUUAUCAGUGCCGAUCGAUUAGUGUUUCCGUAUAAGGUGCGUGUGAGUGUAACCGUCUCAGCGUAAGACAGUGAAUAAAAAUUCGAUUAUGUGUAUCUCUGACGUUCGUCGUCUUAUCGCAUCGAUUGGCAACUAAAUAAUGCAACGUGUACUGUUUUCUGCACGUACAUGAUAAACAGUUCAGCAAACGAAUGUUUACUACAGUUUGUACCGGUUCAGAGAUAUCCACGUUUAAUGUGCCCGGUUAACAGUGAUGCAAGUUUUCCUGAGAUUUUGGAAAUCCCCACAAACUAGACAGAGUGGCGCAUUGGACGAAGAAUGCAACACUCACUAGUUUUUGAGUCAACGAACCAGCAGAGGUCGAGUUUUUGCGAGUGCAAGUAGACGACUGCCACUAUCUGGUCCAGCAUUCAGUGGAAGGUAAGGACCAUGAAUCGACGCCGGUUUUCCUUGGCAGCAAUUGUUGUUAGGUUCAACUUGCUUACUGGAGUAUUGUUGCUCGGAUGCUGUUAUGCUUCACACAGGCGGUGAAAUGCAAAUCAACAUCUAUUGCCCGUUGCCGAUAAAGGAACACCAAACUACUUCCGUUCAUCCUCUCGCUCUCUCUUUCUCUCUUUAUAAAUAAGAAGUUAUAAAACAAACAAAAAAUCGUCCAAAUGACGGUCUUGCAGAAGUAAACAUCACACGUCCCGAACCGCAGUAAAGAUAAUAGUUAGAGUUUGAGGUCAUCCGAUCGAAUCGAAAUGGACGAAAAGGAGGUCCAUUUUUUGCCACGGCCAAAAGUGCCGAAAGCAAAAAUUCCUAAAGCGGGUUGCCUACGGUCGAUUAGCGACCGAAUACCCGCCCGCCUGGUGCUAUACUUUUUGUCCUGGUCCGGCUUUCUGGUAUCGUUUAUGAUGCGCAACGAUAUCAACUUCGCUCUGGUAGCAAUGGUACGGGAUGGUAGUUCGAACUCAUCGGCCAGUGAUCACUGCGGACUGUCAUCAUCCUCUCUAUCACCAUCCUCAGCAAAUGGGGUGGAUGGUAAUUACUCAGCCCUGUUGAAUGUUUCUGAUUUUGAGAUCGCCGAAGACGAUACCCUACCGGAUGUGACGCGGGAAAUUGUCGGUGAGUUCGAGUGGGACUCGACGGUGCAGGCCGUCAUCAAAGGUUCGUUUUACUGGUGCUACGUACUGUCGCAAGUGGUUGGUGGGGUAGCCACGCAAUACUUCGGAACGAAGAACGUGUUUGGCUGGAGUCAGUUCCUAACGGCAGCCUGCAGUUUAUGCAUUCCAUACGCGUCCGAUGUGCACUACGGUGCAGUCGUGUUCUUGCGAUCGAUACAGGGUUUCGCUAGCGGAUUGACAUGGCCGGCGAUGUACGCGAUCGUUGGCUACUGGAUACCACCCGUCGAGCGAAGCCGGUUUAUGUCUAGCUUUCAAGGUUUCAGCAUUGGAAUUGGGUUGACUUAUCCGCUGUGCGGAUUUAUCAUAGCGUACUUCGGGUGGCGAUUGGUUUUCUACACAACCGGAACCAUCGGAAUGGUUUGGUGCAUAUUUUGGUACCUUUUGGCCUUCAACACUCCACAGGAGCAUCCUCGGAUAACACCGGAAGAGUUAGAGUACAUAGAAUUGAACGUUAGUGAGGAUAUCAAGAAUGGCCAGGGAAUGAAGGUACCCUGGAAAAAGAUCUUCACCUCGAUACCAGUUUGGGCCAUUGGAUUGACAACUUUCGGCCGGAUUUGGGUGCAUUACACUUUCAUAAUGUCCGGACCGGAGUAUAUGCAAAAAAUCCUUUGCUUUGACAUCAAAGAAAAUGGCCUGUUGAGCGGAACGCCAUUCCUUUGCUCCUAUCUGUCAUCGGUGCUAUUUUGUUACAUCGCCGACUACUUGAUGGACAAGCGCUUGAUGACACUGACCAACAUACGGAAAUUGUUCACCGCCCUUUCGCAGAUUGUGCCGGGUGUGUUGGUGCUACUGGUAGGCUAUCUAGGCUACAACAUCCUAAUCGUUUUGGUACUGUGGUUCGUGGCCGUCACAUUCAUUACGGCUUCGUACGCCGGUGCUAUGGCGAACAUCGUAGACAUUGCUCCAAAUCUGGCCGGCCCGGUGCUCGCCUUCGCUCAGACAAUACACAUGACGGCGUCGUUUUUACAGCCCCUCGUCAGUGGCGUCAUGGUGACAGAUGCGCAAAACAUCAACCAAUGGCUGCACGUCUUCGGCGUCAGCUCGGUGGUCGCCAUCAGUAGCUACCUAGUGUUCCAGAUAUUCGGCACUGCCGAAAUCCAGCCGUGGAACUAUCCGGUACCUGAUCCGGAAAUUGUUUCGACCGAUGAUUCGACGAUGAUUGCCAAGCGCCCAAUGUUGACGGUGGAAUCCAGCGGGGCUACUGGUGGGCCCGACUUCGACGACGAUGGCGACAAUAACGAUGACAGUGAAUAUUAAAACCGUGUGCGCUUCAAUGGGGUACUUAAUGACAACUCUAUGGUCGGGUUGUUUCUAGUAGGAGGGUAUACUUAAGAGCUCUAUAUUGCCGUUAAGCGUAGAUUAGUGAUUCGUAAUCAAUUCCAUUCGCAAAUUCAGAGGUUUACUAAAGUGGAAAAUACCAACUGUUAGAUGCACGUUUAGACACUUAAUAGGUAGAUUAAUUCAAGUAAGAUACAGAAAGAGAUGUGCCGUGUAUAUAGUCAUUUAUAUUUACCACCUUUUUAGCUGUGUAAGAAAACGAAAAGCAACAAGUGAAUGAAACAGUUAUUAAUAGGUUUUAAUGGUUAUUUAGUUCAUUAGUACUCAAGAUCUCACCGCUCAUAACUAACAGUCAAUAUAUUUCAGCCACAGAAUUGUAACAGAUUGAGGAGAUCCAAUUAUACCUACUACAUUAACUA